AUGGAAGAGCGCGCGAGCAAUUUGCGCUCGAUGCAAAUCUGUAGACUUUGCUUAGACGACAAAGGCCCAUUUUCCAAUAUUUACCAUGGAAAUGCACCCGAAACAGGCAAGCAGCGAAUUCCGCUCCCGCUACAGAUCAUGGCCUGCUGUGCUAUUGAGGCCUUUGAAAAUGAUGGAAUGCCUCAGGUUAUUUGUGAGCCCUGCAAGUUACAAACAAAUAGAGCAUACCUGUUCAAAGCAACUGCAAAGAAAGCUGAUGAUGCUUUCAAAUUAUAUUUGACAACUGGUGUUUUAAAGAAGCUGGUAGAAUCAAAACAAAAAACAGUUGAUGAAGUUCAGGUUGUGAAGAAAAAACCACUAAAUGAAACUCUCAAGGAAAAAUCAAUUGCAACAAAAGAACCAGUCCAAGCUGAAGAGCAAAAAGCCACUGAAGCUCCUGUGUUGCAGUACAUUGAUGACAACACCAUUGAAUAUAUUAAUGAGAGCUCACAGGAUGGCUCCCAAAUUCAAAGUUGUGAGCUCCUGCAAGAUUUUGAAGAAGAAGAAGAUGCAAAUUCAGAAGAUAUUCCACUGAAUCACAUGAUGAAGAUACCUCAGGUAACAACUGAUGUGUUUCCUUGCACUAGAUGUGAAAGAUCAUUUCCACUCAAACAGCUUCUUGAGCUGCACAUGAAAAACCACGAUCGCGAAAGGUGUUUCCAAUGCGAUCUAUGUGAUCGUCGCUUUUUCACAAAAUAUGAUCUUGCUAAACAUGUCCAGACACACACAAUGGACAAGCCGUUUACGUGUGUGAUCUGCAAUAAAAUGUUCGCGCGCGAAUCACUCCUGCAUCGACAUGAAAAAGUACAUGUCGAUGUACCUAAGUAUUUAUGCCAGGAGUGUGAUAAGACAUUCCUCACACGCGAGGAUCUCGAUGCGCAUACAGAGAAACACAAGAAAAAACGACCGUUUACUUGUCGUAUCUGUACGAAGAAAUUCGUAUUCAAACAAGGCUUAGAAAGGCAUGAAGCAAGCCACGCUGAUGAAAAACCCCACAAAUGUAAUUAUUGCGAGGCGAGCUUCACGUCGCCAAUUAAAUUGAUGCGUCAUAUUACCUCUCACGCCGGUUUGCGUCCGUAUCCUUGCAAGAUGUGCGGACGGACUUUCCUGCUUUCUCACCACCUGACCAGACACAUGAGGAGUCACUAUGCAACUAAGUCGUUGGCGGUUGAACCAGUUGGACAACACAAGUGCGAUGUGUGUAGUAUGUCUUUCCGCCGCAAGGAUUCGCUGAUCAAUCAUAGUGCCAUUCAUUCAAUGGUCAAUUUAAAAUGCGUUAUUUGUAACACUGGAUUCUUUAAUGCAAAGGAUGUGAAGGAACAUAUCACCACACAUUUAGCAGGAUUACCGUACCCAUGCGAUAAAUGUGAUUAUUCAUUUGAAACUCAAGAUCACCUUGAGGAACAUGAGUUAAAACAUGCAGAAAUGGAAUACGAGGAACAGAUAGAACAAGAGGUAACACAAGAAGCAAGGAAUAAACGCUUGCAGGACACUGACAAUGACGAUACAAUGGAUGAAGAUGGCGAUGAUGAUGAAAUGGUUGAGUAUACAAUCACAACAGACGCGGAGGACAACACUCAAGUUGUUAGGCGACAUAGAAAAGCGACUAAAUAUGCAGAAUUUCUAAAGGAAGAGUUAGGCUCUGAUGUUGAGAACGAAAUUGUUCUGGAAGAAGCAGUUGGUGAAGAGGAUGAGGAUGAUGAACCGUUGGAACCUAUCAAACCUAUUAUCCGCACGGAAGGUACCAAAGUCUACGCGAGAAAAAACACAAACAAGAAAACACCGGAUGCGAAACGGGUUGCAGAAUCACAUAUAGCUUCAGAUAUAAAUUUAGACAACUUAGGAAUAACACAAGAGUUUGUUAAAGACUUACCCAAUGAACAAUAUGUUGAUAUGAAGAUAGGCGACGUCAUUUACAAAGUAAAGAAAGUCACCAUGAAGAAGACUGAAUUCGACGCGGUUGCAAAACAGAAAAAUGUUGAAAUAAAAGGCGGGCUACUCUUGAAGAAAAGCAUUCAAGUACCGAAAGAAAUCACGAAGAAUAAACCAAUAUCAAUUGAAAAUAUCCUGGAUGAUCCGAAGCCGACUCCAGCCAGACACUUGGUUACAAGAACUUACGUGAAAAAAACACCCGAGAGUCGACUGGCGGAAGCAAAACAAGUUAAAAAUGAAAACGCCAUGGAAAUAUUAGAGUAGAGAAGGGUCCCAAAUUAACACAAUAAUCUUAUACUUUAUUUAUGUAUUAUUCAUGUCGCAUUGAGUAAAAUACAAUUUCAACGUCUUAUUUAUAUAA